GUAAUAUUGAUCAGUGGGUAUAUGCUACUAGAAUCUAUAGUAAUGUUCUAGGAAAAGAUUAUGGAUCGGCAGGAACUUACCCAACACACACCGUUUUACAUACACGAGGACGACCAUUCUCAUCUUCACUUGGAGCAAGUGCCUAAACUAAAGCCCGUAUCUUCCGUUCACAAAAGCGAGCAGCACCUACCUAUCCCGCAUCUUCUCGUUAGUCAAGACGAAGCACAUCCAUCACUUAACAAAAUAGUUUCUGGUCUCUUUCAUAUACAAGAAGCGCUGCGGACACCUCACUCUUCUUGUGGAGAUCUAGAGGUACUCCACAAGAAAGAAAAAAUGAGUAGCACCGUUACAGCAAAAUCCACUGCCGCACCUAUUACUUCACUUCGUAAGUCAAGUUCAGUUGGUAACUGGAAUGGCAUCACGAGUGUGUCAGCUCUGAAAGAUGCUAUCGUUUCUGAUAGUUCUCGUGACAAUGCAAUGGUUUUAUCGAAGUAUGGAAAUGCUCGUCAAUCUGCCAUGAUUUCUUCCGCAUCAUCUACACAACCACCACCCUCAAACUCCUUCGUGGUCCAUCCACAUAGUGAACACCAGAACGAUGGCUUAAAAGGUGGAGUAUUUCGUCGGGGUUUUUUCUCGAAGCCUGUAAUGCACUCAAAGGAAGAGAAUGACCGCUAUCUGAUGACUUUGGACCGUUAAUGAAGUGUCGGAGAUAGGUUUUGAAACGAAGCUAUUAGCAACACAAAUAACUGGAUCAUAUUCUGCUUAAACAUAGACAUUCUGUUGAUGCUGAGGCAAAGCCUUUUUGAAAUUUUAUUUCCUAACUUUUCGAAAUUGUGAUGAUUUUGUUAUUUGCCAAUAUAGAUUCUACGAUCUCAGGAUCAAAGUCGGAUUGAAAUUCUUACCUGUGAUAUGAUUUAGAUCCUUGUAGAAUACCUCAUGAGAGAAAUUUUAUUUUUUCUUUCUCUUACAGUCAUGCAGUUUCCACCUCGAACAAGGUUUUUCUCAAUACAAAUCAUUAUGUAG